AUGAAAAGCCGUUUCCUGUCCGCCAUGGGCUGCCUAAGCGCGCUGGCAUCAGCGACCGGCGGAGCCGUCGUGCACGUCGACGCUCGCAACCCAGCAGAGGCGCUCCGCUUGCGCUUUGAGGACGGCAGCGGCGUGACCGAGCUGGGCCUGCGGCCGGACGACACGUGGGCUCACCCCGAUCUGCAAGUGACCGGUGGAGAAAAGAGCCGUGGCGUCUUCCGUAGCGAUUCCGAUGCGGACGGCGCAGUGGCGCACGCUCAUCUGCACUGCACCUCUGACUGCUUCAUCGAUUUCGCGCUCAUCUCGAGGGCCGGCUCGAUCCUCCUCGCGCUCAACGGCACGCUUCCCGGCAGGCAAGGCACGCUCCCCUCCCCCGACGCGCACCCCAUCCGCCAUGGGCGUCGAGCGCAGCUCCAGCUUCCGGCUCCGCCCUAUGUCCGCCUCUCAAACUGCGACUGGGCCGGCGUGAAGACGUUGACUCUCGGCCUGGCCAUCGACAAAGGCUUUGUCGCCGCGGUCGGCGGCACCGACGCGGCGAUGACGGAGGCCGCCUCUGCCGUUUCUCGCGCCAACUUCGUCUAUGAGGGCCAGCUCGGCGUGCGCCUGCUCGUGACGCACGUGGUGAUCAACAGCGACGAUGCGCCUGUGGGUCAGGCACCGGACGUCCCCGGCUCCCGGAAUACAUGCGAGGAGUACUUUCCGAGGGUGAUAGAGGGACAUGGGCUGACUGUACAGGCCGACGAUAUUGAGGCAGCGCUCGAUCUCUUCUCGUGGUGGGUGGGAUGUGGCGGUGGCGGCUGUGACGGCAUCGCCGGCGCUCCAGUCGAGCCUGCAGAGGGUCCCGCGCUGUGGCACCUCCUCACCGACUGCUUCCCCCCAACCGGCGUGGUUGGCAUCGCCGGCCUCAGGGCUGUGUGCAACACACCAAGGCGCAUCGAGUUUAGGGACAGCGGGAUCCCGGCCCGACAGCCGGGACAGGCAGACGACGCUUGCGACGUGGUCGUCCAGUCCACGGGCAACUGCGCGUCAAAGUUUGCGACAGAGUCGUGCGACAGCGAGGACAAGAUUUGCACCGCCAAUACCGCCGUGUCCUCGUGGUCGCGACGGGGGAGCUUCUGGCACACCUUCGCGCACGAGAUAGGGCACAACCUCGGGGGAGAGCACACGUUUGGGUACGACAGCAAUGGCAACUUCUUCGACUACGGAGGCUCCGCGCCCACUCGCACGCCCCUCGCUCCCACGCUUCUCUCGACAGCUCAAGGGUGCCUCGCGAUUGCCUCAAGGGGCGACGUGUGCAAGCACCUCAAGGACACCGUGCUGCCCAGCGGACAGUGCCUGGCUAGCUCGGAGCCGGAGUGUGGCAACGGCAAGGUCGAGGCGGGCGAGGAGUGCGACGACGGCGACGACACUGGCGGCGAUGGCUGCUCGGCCACCUGCGAGGUCGAGUGCGGCUAUCUCUGCGAGGAGAGGCUCACGGCCUCGGGCCUGACGGCGAGCGCAUGCACGCUGGGGUGCGGCAACGGCCAGGUGGACGUCUUAUUGCGGGAGGAGUGCGACGCCCCCGGCGAGACGUGCUGCUCGGGCGAGUGCCGACUCGCGGCCGACAAGAAGUGCUGCGGCGGCGAGUGCUGCGACGACAACGGCCAGUUCAAGACGACGGCCGACUCGUGCGACGGGGGCAGCGGGUAUUGCUCCCAGGGCGAGUGCGUCCCCACUGCUAGUCAAAGCCGAUGCGUGCCAUACGGGUACAUCAUCGACGCCGAUGCAUGCCCGCAGUGGGACGACCAGCCGUGCAUUCAACGCUGCUUCCGACCGGCCACCGGCAAUACGCCCGCGCGAUGCGACCAGUACCUGUUUCCCGAGCCCAACCUGCACCUCAACUACCUCCCCGACAAUACGCCCUGCCUGCCGACGCAAGACGCGGGCGUGCAGGGCGUCUGCCUCGGCGGGCUCUGUAAGGCGAUCCAGCUCGAGUCAAAGUGCAGCACGCCGGCGCCGCCUCCGGGGCCACCAAACCCGCCUCCCCCGCCCGGGCUGCCGCCGUCCCCGCCGCAAUCUCCAUCUCCGCUCCCGCCACCCUCGUCGCCGCCGGCCCCUCCCUCCCGCCCUCCGCCGCCGCCGCCGCCGCCCUUGCCGCCGCCUCCCCCGGCCGCCCCGGAGGGAGAGUUCCCAUGGCGGGUGGCCUACGUCGCCGCGGGCUGCCUCACGCUCCUCACGCUCCUCAUCUGCCUGGCGAUGAGCGCCUCCUGGUUCUGCAAGGCGCCCGCGCGAGCGCCCAUCGCCGUUCAGGCGGGCGGCGGGCAGCGCCAGCGGGCGAGCGCGAGGCGAUCGAGUGCGGCCGGGCGCUUGUCGGGGCGGCUCUCGCGCUCGUCGCAAGCCAUGCCCGCCGAGAUGUCGGACGUCCUCCUCGAGGGGGAGGCGCAGCCUCGCGCGUCGCCGCAGCGGGUGGCCGCCUAG